AGGUAAUUACAGAAAACCUGCUCAAAGAUAAAAUAUUAGCGAAAAAAACCAGACAUAGUGGAAUUGAAAGCGGAGAAGCUUUAUCGCGCUUUAAUUUACUGCUACUAAAUUGUAAAUUCAUGUAUGAAACUAAUAAAUGUAAGAUUUCCAAGGUGUAGAAUCGGCUAAAAGUUUACAAAGAGAAUUUUACCUUAAGUUUAAUCUAAAUAAGUAUAGCUAGCUAGCUAUAAUGCACUUGGAAGAAAGGCCCAUGUCUGGUUCUAUUACAGGAGCUAAACCAAUAUUCCCGUUAUCAUUAUCAGGACAGACAUUGAUGUUUUCCUCGAGUAACUGUCAUUCGAAUCGUUGUGAUCAAGGAAGAAGUACAAUACAUUCGUUGCCACACAAUUUAAAUCACUCGCGAUGCUCAUGUGAAAAUUUUUCACCCACCCAAGGAUUUAACAGACUACUUUUGCCAGCAAACUCUCCUAACAGUGAACAAGUCAGAGUGCAGACAAAUCUCCCGGGUUCAAUAUCAGAUUCGUGGUUGCGAAUACCAUCUUCUAGAGCUAAUUAUGAGUCCCUACUGUUAAAUGGCUUUCCUUUGUAUGGAAAAUUUAGCAAUGAAAGCUAUCCCUCAUUGGAUUAUGCAUUGCUGGCCAAUGCACGGCGCAAAAAUGCUACCCGGGAAACCACAAGUACGUUAAAGGCUUGGUUAAAUGAGCACAAAAAGAAUCCAUACCCUACUAAAGGAGAAAAGAUUAUGCUAGCAAUACUAACCAAGAUGACACUUACGCAAGUAUCCACAUGGUUUGCAAAUGCAAGGCGUCGGCUCAAAAAAGAAAAUAAGAUGACAUGGUCCCCAAGGAAGAAGACAGGGGAUAAAAAAGGUUCUAGCAGGGAUGGUGAUAGUUGUGCAAGCGAUUCAGAUGUUGAAUGCAUGGAUGUUGAUGUGGAUGGUGUUGAUAUUAAUGGACAAAAAGAAUGUUCAGUAUCAAUUCCCUCUAAUGAAGAUUCUUCAUCAAUUGAAAAAGAACUUCAGAGGCCAAGUGUUAUACGCGCUUUAGAAUCUCCAACGUUUAACGAAAUUAGAGAUCGUUUUAAAGAUGAUGAAUCUCCAGUCCAGGAGUUACAAAAAUGGGUAAACGGUUGCUUAAAACCUUCAAAGGAAGAAAACAACUUUGCUGAUGAACUAACACCGCCAUCAACACCAAUAGAAAACAAAGUCAGUACAUUUUCAGCACAAAAGCUAUUUGAAGCAUUUGAUUCAUCAAAACAAUCUAAUUUGAACUUAAUGACAUGUAAAGAAGAAUCUUACAAUAGAGAGCCUCUUCAUUUGAUAUUUUCCUCAAAGCCACCAGUAUGUUCAACCAAGAUUUUACCCACUGAGCCGCAAGUCAUCAAUUCUUUAAAAGAUGUCCCAACUGGUGUAAUGACUCCCCAGCCAUCUCCAAAAACAGAAACAGAGUUUUUGAUAAAGGAAACAAAACAAAACAAGAAUGAACCCAGUCCAGAAGUCAGGGUGCAGGGACUGACCACUUCACGAGAAUUGGAGGCUGUAUUGGCCCUAACAAAUUUGUGUAAAACAUGAUUUAUCUAUUUUUAUUUCGUUAGUAAGUGCAAAGUUACAGUCCUUGUUGCAUGAAAUCAGAAAACCAUUUUCGUUGUGUUGUUGCAUGAAGUUGUGCUUCAUUACUUGUAUUUAAUGUUUGUCAUUGUUUUUUCUUUUAAGUUCCUAAAUUCUUCAAAUGGUCCAAAUCAAGUAAUUUGUGAUUUUCUUGUAAAAUAUUUGAGUUCUCAUAUUUCUUGGAUCUCAUCCGAUAUUAAACUGUUAUGUUAAUUUCUUCCUAUAACUUAAGUGUAGAUAAACCCUUUUCCUGAAAGGAACAUCACCUGUACUUUACUGCUUCAUAUAUGAAGUUUAAACAUAUGGACAGAAUAUGUCCCUAAAACAUACAUUUAGUAGAAACUUUUGUAGAAUAGCCUCGCUCAGAUUUUAUUAGAGAAAAAACAAAUACGCAUGUAAAUAGGUUUUUUGAUCUGAGAGUUAUUUUUUGUAGACUAAUGUGUAGAAGUGUUACUUAUAAUUUAUUAGGCUGUGUUUUACAUAGCAAAUUUUUUUCUGACAAACGAUAUGAUUGACAUGUAUAGCUUCAAGCAAAUGUGAAUCAAUUUAGUAUUUUUAUUCAUAAGAAAAGCUUUCUUUUUUACAUUUUGUUUAUAUUCCAAACAUUUUCCACAUUUCAUUUGUUUCGUUCUGAAGAAAGAUUUGAAGAUUAUUUUCGAAGUGUCUGCUUGACUCACAUUUUCGAUAAAAACAGCUCAGUAAAGUCUGUGAUAAUGUUUGGAUAUAUUGAGUUCAGACGAAGUACAUAUAUUUUUGUUCAGGCUUUGUAGAUAAGAUUUAGACACAUUUUCUAUGUUGUAAACGCAUUCACUAUUUUAUUUAUAUUUUCUGCUUGUUACUUAUUCCUAGGGCAGGAUUUUGUGUUCCUGCCUUCUAUAUUCUCUUCAUACUUGUUUUCUAUUCUUUUAAAGCGCAAAAAAUGAAUGAGCAUUUUUUUAAAGAGAACAAAUAACAGCAAGGAUUAAGGGUUUUUUGGCAACUAUUUUUUAAUUAUAUGACUUGUUGUUUUUGUUAUUUUGUGACACGUUUUUAUCCAUUUAAUGGUGUGAUCCGUUUCAAGCAAUCCUUGGAGCCAAUUUCAAAUUGUCCAAAUAUUAUUUAGUCUUGUAAUGCUUAUGACAGGUGCCAGUCGGUCGUUCAAACAUUUGUUUUUGCGAGGGUUACGAAGGAUUUUAUUUUUGUUUAUUUUUAUUUCUUAACACUGUUUAAAGAAAAGUUGUUAAAAAGGGGUUUUCUAUUAUACGAUUCCAUUAUGCUUGACUACACUUAAAAAGUCAUGCGAAUAUUCGAAUAGUGGAAAGCCUUGUUAAAAUCGUGAUGUAUAUAGUCAUAGAAUCUAUUUUAAAUUAUUAGUACAGAACAUAUAGAUGUCCUACGCAAAGUUAAUAAACAUUGAGAUGGGUAGUAAAA